AUGGCGUCCAUAAAGAAGAUACUGAGGCUGAAGAUAUUCUUGUGCUUGCUUUUAGUAUAUUCUGCAUCUAGCUUUCUCAUUUACUUAAGGAAAUCAGUGUUUCAAAAGAUUACUUUGACCGAAACGCAUUCUGAAGUGCGAAAAGCGCUACAUGAAGUUGAAAACGAGACUCGCUUAUCAAACUGUUUUAGUGAUGAAGAGAAACUGCUUGGUUGGAGACAGACUGUUCACUGGGAGUCCAAAUUAGACCAGCAUGAGUAUCGCUAUCUCAUCAACCCGGAGAAUGGAUGCAAGAAAUCAGAAAACUUGACAUUGGUUAUCCUCGUAAAGACAACAGUGGGUAGUGUAAAACGGAGGAAUAUCAUCAGAGAAACGUAUGGCGAGGGAGUGGUUAAAUACAAUGUUUCUGCGAAGAUUGUAUUUCUUACUGGAUUCUCCGGGGAAUAUAAUUCCACUCUGCAAGCCCAGCUCCAAAGUGAGGCUGAUAUUCACGGAGAUAUUGUACAAGAGGACUUUAUUGAUAGCUACUACAAUCUAACCAUUAAACUCAUCAUGGCCGCCAAAUGGGCAUCCACAUUCUGUAACAAUAGUUAUUAUGUAAUGUCGUUAGAUGACGAUGUCAUCGUCGACAUCGUUAACCUUGUCAACGAUCUCGAAGCAAAUACGUUUCGUUCGAAGUUUGUGUUGGCCGAGCCUGCAAUUGACUGGAAAGUGCAUCGGGAUCCUGGAGACAAGUGGUACACUCCAUAUCAAUUCUAUCCGGAGGAGUCAUGGCCUCCUUUUCCUCGAGGAUACGCGUAUAUCGUCUCCAGAGAUGUCGCCCAUGAUCUCUAUCGUGCCUCUCAGAAGAUGGCUGCACCGAUACCCUGGGACGAUGUAUAUUGUGGUAUGCUCUUACAGACAUUAGGGGUGGAGAUGAGAAAUAUAAUACCUUGGUUUCAGACUAGACAUGGACAUGAGAAACCAAUAGCUCCGUUGAAAACUCAAGACCACUAUGUGAUUUGGGAUUCUGUACAGAAGCCCCCAAGGAAUACCUGGAGAGCAAUUGAACAUAGAUACAAGAACAUUCACAACUUGUAG